CGGACACCAUGAGCCUCCGCGAGGAGCAGGUGCGGCGGUACCUGGACCAGAACCCCGGCUUUGCGGACCGGUACUUCGGGAAGACGCUGAGCCCGGAGCACGCGGCCCGGGCCUGCGAGGACGGGGACGGGCUCCCCGCGGGCGGCGCCAGCUUCCGGGAGCUGUGCCAGGUGCGGGAGAGCGCGGCGCUGUUCGAGCUGGUGCGGGACAUGCAGGAGAACGUCAACAUGGAGCGCGUGCUCUUCAAGAUCCUGCGCCGCCUGGGCCCCCUCCUGCGCGCCGACUGCUGCAGCCUCUUCCUGUACCGGCAGCGCAACGGCGUGGCCGAGCUCGCCACCCGCCUCUUCGGCGUGCGGCCGGGCCGCGUCCUGGAGGACUGCCUGGUGCCCCCCGACUCCGAGAUCGUCUUCCCGCUGGACAUCGGGCUUGUGGGCCACGUGGCUCAGACCAAGAAGAUGGUGAACGUGAAAGACGUGAGGGAGAACCCCCACUUCAGCACCUUCGCCGACGAGCUGACCGGCUACGAGACGAGGAGCCUCCUGGCCACGCCCAUCAUGAACGGCAAGGACGUGGUGGCCGUGGUCAUGGCCGUGAACAAGCUGGACGGGCCGGGCUUCACCAGGGAGGACGAGGACGUUUUCCUGAAGUACCUGAACUUUGGGGCCUUGAACCUGAAGAUCUACCACUUGAGCUACCUGCACAACUGUGAGACGCGCCGCGGACAGGUGCUGCUGUGGUCGGCCAACAAGGUGUUUGAGGAGCUGACGGACAUCGAGCGGCAGUUCCACAAGGCCUUCUACACCGUGCGGGCCUACCUCAACUGCGACCGGUACUCCGUGGGCCUCCUGGACAUGACCAAGGAGAAGGAAUUCUUCGACGUGUGGCCCAUCCUGAUGGGGGAAGCCCAGCCGUACUCGGGCCCGCGUACCCCCGACGGCCGUGAAAUCCUCUUCUACAAAGUCAUCGACUACCUCCUCCACGGCAAGGAAGACAUCAAGGUCAUCCCCACACCCCCAGCUGACCACUGGGCUCUGGCCAGUGGCCUUCCAACCUACGUGGCAGAAAGUGGCUUUAUCUGUAACAUCAUGAACGCCCCUGCGGACGAGAUGUUCACCUUCCAGGAAGGCCCCCUGGACGACUCCGGCUGGGCCGUCAGGAACGUCCUGUCCAUGCCCAUCGUCAACAAGAAGGAGGAGAUCGUGGGGGUGGCCACCUUUUACAACAGGAAAGACGGGAAGCCUUUCGACGAGCAGGACGAAGUGCUCAUGGAG